AAGACAAGAACGCGGAGGGGAAAACUACUGUGGCCACCUCGCAACUUUUCGGGCCACAAAAACCCUCUACAGCCCGACAAACCAUAAUGAAAUAUACUUCCAGGUUUGGUCAGGAGACGUAGAGGUUGACCCUAAAGUUACUUUUUGAAACUGGAGCUGCUUCCUUGUUCGACAACGGGGUGAAAUAUCUCAACAUCCUCACAAAGAAACUUUGCUUGCUAGGCUGCUAACUCGCACACAAGCCAGAAAAAAAGCAUGAUCACGGCCGAGGAUCACUUUAUCUCAGGCUGUUAGUAACAUCUCAUCUGUCGAGUUAAUUGCAGCUGGUGGAUGUGUCAACCUGGAAAUUAUAUUUAAAUGACUUAAGGCCGACUUUUGUAACGGUUUUUUUAGUUCUGGUCAUCACCAGUGGAGGAAGGGUUGCAGCUGGUGAUUUAGCCACCAGUGUUUCCACAGAGCUCCCCCAAUCUCCACCAGAUAUCCACUGCUUUUUUCAGCCACAUAGUCCCAGAUUUGUUUCUGGAAAGAUGUUUGGUCCAUGUGGAGUGGGACAGAUCCGGGGGGUUACUCUGGGUCCACAGCCCCUCAAGGCUACUAUUCCCUAUCAGCUGUCCAGCAAGCCGAGAUCACACCGGAGAGAUGGAAAGACAGCUGGAAAGCCCAAAUCGCACCAGCUGAGCUCUGGCAUGAGGCGGACGAUGUCUCUGGACGCCAUCAUAGGGCCGUACCUACAGGGACACUGGCCCAAAGAACCAGAGGGGCCGAGCAGCCCGUCUCGCAAGGACAAGUCCACCCAGACCCCAGACUCAUGGUCUGAUAAAUCCCAGAGCAGAAGAAGCAGCAGCAGCAGCAGCAGCAGCAGCAGCAGCCACAAACGAUCGGCAUCGUGGGGCAGCGCUGAGCAUCUGCGAGAGAUCUCUAAACUAAAACAACAGCUGCAGCAGCGAAGCAAACCUGCCGUCUCUGGGGGGCACGACAAAGACCGCCAGUGUGGAUACCCUCAGGGGAGCUGUAGCUUAGGAACUACUCAGACUCAGCCCAUCCCCAUCCCCCUGGCCCCCCUGUGUACUCUGGUCCCCCGGCUGCGCUGCAGUGUGGAGGGACUCAACCAGGAGCUGGAGGGCAUGUUCAUCUGCCAGCCAGCGCACCCUCAGCACAGGCUCCUGGAGGUUCCAGACGGCCACCGGGCUCCGGUUCCGCCGCAGAGCUGCAGCAGUGGAUCUCAGAGUGACCCCGCCACUACACCCUUGUCCUCAUCUUCCUCCACAUCCUCCUCACCCAGUUCCUCUCCCACAAACUUCUCCAAUUCCCCAGCGGACCCUGAAGAUGCACCUCUGGAUCUGCAUCAAGGUCUGACAGACGGAGCAGAGAUGUGCCUCCUGUCUCCGUUUUCCUCCCAGAACGAGGCCGACCUCUCGUCCUCCCCGGGGCCCAACAAGAGCUGCUGCUUCCAGAGGGAGCCGCCAGAGGGCUGCGAGAGGAUUAAAGUCUGGGAGGAAACCAGCUCUCCACGCCAACCCAUGCCCGCCCUCCUCUCCUCCUGCCCGGACCCCAACAAGGUGAACUUCACCCCCUAUGGGGGCUCCGCCUUCUGCCCCGUCAGCCUCCUGAGUCCGCUGCUCCCCUCCAUGGACAUGUUGUUCCGCAGCCUGGCCGUCUCCCCUGCAGGCUCCUGCUCCAGCCAGGGGACGGGUCAGGCUCUCCCAGACCCCCCCAGCACCUCCCCCGCUGUGGUGGGAGAGAGCUCUGGGGAGGGUCUCGCCUUCUGAGCAGCUGCAGAUGUCUUUCUGCGGAAAUUAUAAUGCGUAAUGCAAAUAUUUGCUUUAUUUUAGGAAAGGACAAUUCCAUAUCUAUACAGGUUUAAAAUAAUCUUAUGUUGAGAAAAAAAAUUAUAAUAUUUGAAAAAAAUAUAUUCUAUGCAAUCCAAUGGAUUUGCUUUAUGAGCUUUUCUUUUUGGUGUCUGGGCAUUGUGAUAUUUCUAAAUUAAGGCAUUUCUGUCACUCCAAAGAUAUAUUUUUGGCCAAACACACAAGUGUGAGAGACAGGGCAAACCUCUGUUGGAUGACUGACCCCCUAACUUCACAUGUUGUUAUGGUUCCCCAAAGAAAGCCAUGACACAAACUUAUAUUAUUAUAUUGGUUUUUAAACUGCAGUGCGUCAUCGCUCCAGUCGAGUCAGAAACACCCUGUGCGGAUAAGUUUGCUUGUUUUUAAGUAUUCAAAGAUAUUUAUCUAGAAUUCUUCUUACCUAAUGUUACGUUGCACCUGUUGCUGGUGUACAAAGCACGACAAAUCAGUUAGGUACUUUUUUUAUUUU